GCUGCAGCACCAGGAGGGGCGUCAGGCCGACUGCUGCCGAGUGUUCCCGGUGCCUCUCCGGGGACUCUUAAACAAGUGACCCCGUAGGAAGCACAGUUGUUUUUGGCCCUGUGGGGUUGCCUGGAAACCGCAGCCUAGAAGGAAGCCCCGGAUGAGGCGUCCUAGCGGACUCCUGCCUGGAUGCUUUCGAGGACUCCAGUCAGUUACACCCCUGAACGUCCUUAGAUAAAGUGGCCUCGUGAAUAGGAAUGCCUGCCCGAAUAUCAGAAUUGGAGAUCAUGGAUGAAGAUCGAUUAACUGAAGAAGUCUUGGAUAAGUUUGUUAAUUGUCAUGAACAAACAUAUGAAGAAUUUCUGAGCACUUUUACUCAUCUUCCAAAAGAGGAUAACGUGACCAAAAGAGGAGCAUUUGGAACUGAUUCUUCAGAAAACGUAUUUCCUUCAGAAGAGGAACAGAUAGUGAUAGAUGAAGGCCAAAAAGUUGGCGGUACCUUUCAAGGUGAUCUGAAUCGGGCAGGAAAGGUGAAGGUGGACAAUUUCCUAGAUUUAGAAGAUUUGGACAUAGAUGAAGAGACUCAGCCCCAAAUGAGCAAGGAUUUGCUGCUGCUUCCAGGAGAAGUGGAGGAGGACGUCCACACACCUGUUCCACCUUACAUUCCUUCCGUGGCCCAGCCCUUCACCCCUGAGGUCGAGCUGGUGCCCACUGGGAGAGGGGCACACAAAGAAAUGGAAGAGGUACUUGGAGAUGAAGUUCAGCCCUUCUCACUUGAUGAAGAAUUUGAUUAUGAUGCUGUGACGCUAACCCCCAAGUUCACGCCUGCCGAGAGAGAGGCGAUCAUGGAGCUAUCCAAGCAACAGAGGCAGAUCACCAACACAGGUUUAGAGGAACCCCACGCCUGAUUUCACCAAGACACCUUUGUGUUAGUGUUUACUGUGUUGUUAUGCAAACAGCAUCGGAAUAAAAGGUAGACCUACCAGAA